CGCGGACAAUAUUUCCGCAAUGACAAAUGGACUUGUGGAGCAGCAGCAUGAAGAUCAACAACAAGCAAAUCCGUACGAACAACAGCCCUACCCGGAGGCUCAACAGCAGCCAUAUCCGCACGAUCAACAACAUCAUCCUUACACUCAUGACCAGCAGCAACUUCAGCAACAUGAGCAACAGCAGGCUCAGGAGCAGGCUCAUCAGCAGGACCACCAGCAUGAACACCAGCAUGACCAUCAGCAUGAACAGACAAUGGAUCAUCAACAGGAACAACACCAGGACCUGCAAGGGAGCCACUACGCAGAUCAAAGACGCUCCAAUUCAGUUGCCUCCGGAGAUGCGGGAUCUCAAGCUGGGGAAUACUCGCCGCGAGGAUCGCGCGCGUUCAAGCGCGGUGACCCACCAAGAAACGAAGCAAACAAGUACAUUUGCAAUUACGCCGAUGAAUGUGUUGGAAUCACGUUCGAUCGGAAGUGCGAGUGGAGUAAACACAUGGACAAGCACGACCGACCUUAUCGAUGUCCACACGCAUCAUGCGCGAAAUUGCAGGGCUUCACGUAUUCCGGCGGACUUUUACGACACGAGCGUGAGGUCCAUGGCAAACACGGCGGUCCUAAAUCCGCACUCAUGUGUCCAUUCACUGAAUGCAAGCGACACACCGGAAAGGGUUUCACGCGCAAGGAGAAUCUUAACGAGCAUCUCCGCCGUGUGCAUAGUGGAAAAGAGCCGCUCGACUCGCAGUCGUCUGCUCUUCACCAUGAA